AAAGUCCAGGCUCUGCGUAAAACUGUCGUGAAAAGAAAAAAAAAAAGAAAAGGCGCAGACAUCUCGAUGGGCGUUACUUACUUACAAAUCCUUAAAAGGAUGCGCAAGACAUUGAAAAAGUCACACUCUGGUGGCAACUUCGUGUUUUGACGCUGUGCAGCACGUCAGCGACCCUGAAUAGUUUGGGACUUUCCGCAGCUGAUGUUUUUACGCACGGCUGUCUCCGGUUUACACACACACACACACACACACGUCUGUGGCGAUGGCUGAACGCGCACGGAGAGUUCGUUGUGUGUCGUCGAAGGAAUCUGUGACUGCAGGUAUCCAGGUGGACCAGUGACUGAAGAAAAUGUGCGCUUGAUCGAGAUGGAGUGACAUUUCCAAUGGGUGGAACAGAGCGCCUGUGGCUAUUUGCAAGUUUCUGUCAGGUGGCUUCGCUGACCUGUGAACGGCACUUUAAUCCUGUAGAGGUUGAAGUUUUGUUCGACUCCUUCCCUUCAGGUCAAGGCGGCUACACAGUCACCUGCAGGACCGCAAGUAACCAUCUGGUGUAUGCGGAGCCCAUUGAUCCCUCGGCAUGCUCUCCUGAAUGCAAGAUGUCGCUGCAAUUGGUUGAGGAUCAGAGGGGAUACAACAUCACGCUGAGAUCCAGCAGGAAUGAUUCCACACUUGAGGCAAAGACCUUUCACCUAAUUCCAGUCUCCCUGUCGUCCUUUCGUUUAUGCAGCACGGCGACGUCUGCUCUCCUGACAUGGAAACUUCACCGACAGCAGAGCCUAUCCAACCUGAGUCUAUAUGACACUCACACACAAUCUGUCACACACGCCUUCAACAUUGAGCCCUCGGAGGCAGGAAGGUCCCGCUACACGUUGGUGGGUCUCCAGCCUGGCACACGCUUCAAGGUCAAAGUUGUGGUGACUACAUUUCUCAAACACCUUGAUGUGAUUUUGAAGCAGAAACUCAGCAUCGCCAUGGAAACAGCUCAGUGCCCCCCUGGUUGGCUGGCCAGUGGGAGAAGCUGCUACUCUGUGAGAAGAAGAGCUUUGACUUGGAGAGAAGCCCAGCGCAGCUGCAAACGUCUGGCAGCCGGAAGUCACCUGGCUGACCUCAAGACCCCAGAUGAUUUGCUUUUUGUGUCUUCUCACCUGCUGAGCCACAACAGCCUGCUGCUACUGUGGACUGGACUCAGUGACCAGCAGGAGGAGGGUCAACCUCUCUGGUCGGAUGGCUCAUCCUAUAACCUGACGGACAUUAUGAUGACAUUACUGCCGACCAAUCAGACAGAUUGUUUUGCCCUCCAGAGGAAUGCCACAGGACCUGGAUACUUCCUCACUCCUUUCUUCUGUGACAUCAGCUUACCCUUCAUCUGUCAAUACCACACCCCUCAGGUCCCUGCAAUAUUCUCCUUUGACUUGGUUCAAGUGACAGAGCAACAGGUGGAGCUUCGUUGGAGUGACUUUUCCCCCCUGAGCUCACUGGAUCAUUCAUCUUUUGAGAUAUUCCUCCAGUACCAAAAGGAGACAAAUGGAGUGUUGGGGCAGAGUGAAGACAGUCGAAGCAGGACAUCAGAGGAGAAAAAGGGCACGCAGAGCCCGAGCAGUGUUGAAAAAAUUGUCAAAGUCCCCAUCACCCUCUCUUCCAGAGGGGUAACCGUGGCAGGUUUGUCUCCAGGGAGCGUCUACUCUUUUACCCUUCGAGCUUCUCACCCUGCAGGCUCCACCUGGAGCUUGGGACAGACGCAGACUGCAUACACUAGACCGCUUCCCCCUCAGAACCUCACCGUUGGCUCCACCACAGUCAGUCAGAUUAGAGUUCACUGGAUGCUGCCAGAUGUGCAGUGUGUGGCUGGGUGGACAUUUGUGGUCCGCUACGUGGACAUGUCUUCAAGACAACAGAGGAUAGUUGGAAUGGCCGACAUAUCCUGGAUGUCUGAGACUGGUGGGUCACAGUCGUAUACGGCUGUGAUUGGAGGGCUGGCGUCCCACAGGAAAUACAUGGUUGACGUCUACACCGUCACCCAGCAUGGGAUAGAGAGCUGUGGACAGGUGCCGGUGACUGUACAGACUGCGGUGAGGCCCCCCAGUGGUCUGCUGGUGUUGAGUGCGAGGGGCAAUCUGACAGUCUGCUGGACCAUUCCACCUGAUGACCCUCCAGAUGGUUAUCAUAUCACAGCCCAGCCACACAGUAACUCCAGUGCCUCUUCGCUGUGGAUGAACCAAUCCAGUCCUGGUGCACUCGGGACAAAUCAGUCCACGUGUGUUGACCUGGGCACAUUUACUCCAGGUCAGACCUAUGAAGUAGAAGUGGCUGCCCUGAAGGAGAAGGACAGGAGCCAGAGGACCAGCAUCAUGCACACCACAGAUCCGUUACCUGUUCCGGUAGCAGUGCCUCUGUCGGUCCAUGCGAACUCUGCACAGCUGUUCAUUCAGCAUCCAGAGCUGGGUCUGAUCGAUGGGGUGAAAGUGUGUGUAUGUCCAGGAGUUUGUGACACUGUGUGUGAGGGAUCAUGUGGGUAUUCAUGCGACUGGUACUCGCUCCCUGCUGGCGCUCAUACCGUAACUCUCCGGAACCUCAGUCCAGGAUCGCAGUACCAGCUCAGGGUGCACAGCACCAGCCGGGAGCAGACGGGACCACCUUACUACACCCGGCCCAUCAGAACAAGUCUGGUCCCUCCCAGCAGAGUGAGGGAGGGCGUGGUGACAGAUUCCUCCAUAGAGCUGCUUUGGGAUCCCGCACAAGGACGCGCUCACAGCUAUGAGGUCAUCUGCCUGAACUGUGACCAUUCACGCAUGGUGCAGAAGGUGUUCAGCCAGAGUGCAGUGUUCUCUAACCUAACUCCAGGCCGACUCUACCACUUUGCAGUACGAACAGAGAAGGAGUCCUUCACUGACAGUUCCGCCGUCACCAUAAACAUCACUGCAGCUCCCAGCGCCGUGGAGGUGUCUCUCAUCAAUAAAACCACAUCAUCCAUAUGCAUUAGUUGGAGUACGGUCGGGGGAGUGAUGAGCGCACUCGUCCUGUCAAUCAAAAACAGAACAUCCAGUGAAGAGCGGCUCGUUUCUCAUCAGGCGCCCAGAUCAUACAGUUUUAAAGGCCUUGCUCCUGGAAGCCAAUACACAAUUGAUGUGAUUUGCACCAGCAGGGAAAGGAAGAGUAAACCUGCUACUAUGAUCCUCCAUACUAUCCCAGAGGUACCACAGGAGGUGGCUCUUUCAGAGCAUGUAGUGACAUCUGUGUUUGUCACCUGGAGACCACUGCCUGGUCAGGUGGAAUGUUACAAGCUUGUUUUUGGCCUGCUGUCCACGGACAAGUCAUUAUGGAUUGAGGUGCUUCUCCUGGCCAAGAGUUAUGAGAUCAGGGAUUUGAUCCCAGGGUCAGACUACGGUGUAAACAUUCAGAGUGUGUUGGGCUCAGACAGAAGUCAGGUGGUCCACAGAGAGUUCAGCACACGCCCUGCGGGAUUAUGCAAACUCCAUCUAGGCAACGUGUACUCGUCCUCCGUCUCUGUGAGCUGGGACGGUGCGAUUGGAGACUUUGACUUCUACAGAGUCACGGUGGCCAACGCCUCGGUCACGAGCACGCUCGCCAUACCCAAGGAGGAGCAGGUUGCCGUGGUUACAGGGCUGGUGGACGGCUGCAGCUACAACGUGAGCGCCGAGAGAGUGAGGGGAGUGACGGCGGGGAGUGCUGCCUUCCUCACUGUGACCACAGUGCCAGCCCGUGUUCGAAGGGUGCGCGUUGUGAAUGUGUCUGCACGUGCCUUCUCGCUGCGCUGGGAGCAGGCAGUGGGGUGCGUGGAUCAUUACCAAGUGAGCCUGCUGCCUAACCAGGGAAAAGUCACAGUGCACCGAGGACAUGAUGGAUACGUUCAGGCUGAUGUGGUCAAUGUCAGUCCAGGGACACAAUUCACAGCGACGGUCACAGCAGCCUCCUCUUCCAACAUCAGCCCUGGUGUCAGCCGCAUGAUCACUACCAAUGAGAGCGUUGCUGGUCCACCUUUUGGCCUAGAAGGAGAGGCCGUGGGCUCUAACGGUAUUCUGCUCUCCUGGAUCAUGCCACCUGAUGCCAACAAUAUUGAUGGCUAUAUCAUCAGGUACAAGGAAGUAUGUCCCUAUCCUGAUCUCACCUUCACACAGGUGACCAAGAACCUGGACAUACCUGAGACCCUACUCACUGACUUCACCUCAGGUUCCACUUACCACAUUCAGGUAGCAGCCAUAUCUCCAGCUGGAAUCGGAGCAGUGAGCAAAUCUUUAUACAUAAAGACAGCUGAGUCCCCCCCUGGCCUGGUCACCAACCUGACAGCAUUUGCUCAAAACCACACCUUUGUCAUGGUUACCUGGUUCCUGCCGCAUCGCAUCAACGGCCUCAUCACAAAGUUUGCUGUCAAGGCAAAACACGCUCGCACGGGGCAGACGGUCCGCAUGCUGGAGGUCAACGCGGGGGACAUCAUGACCGUAGCGCUGCCUCACUGCAAUGAUGCAGCUGAUAUCCUGUCUCGUGCAACUCCGAGUCCACUGGAGAUAACGGCAUCGUCUCCUCCUAUCACUCUCUCGGCCGUGCCCCCUGCAACCUCGUGGAGUGUGCCCAUAUCAGUGGGAGUCGAUCAGCUGCGACCUUACACUGCCUAUCUCUUCGAAGUGUCUGCCUUCACCUCUGAUGGAGAAGGACAGAUAGCAUCAACGAUGGUCCGCAUGCCAGAGUCAGCCCCAGAAGACUCUCCACAAAACUUUGCUGUACUGAAUAUGACAUCAAGAUCAAUAUCCGUGUCCUGGAGCUCUCCCAACAUUAUCACAGGAAAAUUCAGCUACAUGCUGUACCUCUAUGGACCCACAGGAUAUAUGUACGAGAACAGCACAGGGGACAUGCGCUUUGCUUUUGCUGGUCUGAAGCCCUACACAAGGUACACGGUGGCCGUCCGAGCCAAAGCAGCUGGGGAAGUGGGUCCAGCAGCGCAGGAAGAUGUAAUUACACCCGCUGAAGCACCCAGUGCAGUGCGGAACCUGGUGGCAGAAGCUGAGGAUUCAGUUUCAAUCCGUGUGAGUUGGAAAAUCCCUGCGCAGCCUAACGGUCCGAUCACCCGGUACAGACUGCAGGUCCUGGUAGACGACACUCUGCUGCAGGACAUCACCAUCACUGCGGAAGCGAAUGCAACCGAUUUGAACGAAGAAGGGACACUCGCCCCUGAAGUCCAUAACAGCCCAGGCCAGCACCGCUUGUCCACACGUGAUGCCUCAAUCAUGGGACACUUUUCAACACGCAGUGCCGCAGCUUCUGGUGCAACAGGUGUCACGGUGAGAGAGGAAGUGAUGGAUGUUUCGUCUGGGGAGUUGUCUUACCUGGUGUCGGAUCUGAAUCCCUUCACCGACUACACAUUCAGGGUCACCGCUUCCACCACUGUGGGAGAGGGCCCUGCCACAAAUAUCACUGAGAAGACCAGAGAGCAGGUCCCGAGCUCAGUGCUUGAAGUGUCUUAUCAAAACAUCAGCUCCACUUCCAUACAAGUGACCUGGGUCCCGCCACUCAACCCCAAUGGGCGGAUCACACAUUACACUGUCUAUGGCCUCAAACUGCACAGCAACCAGGCCCUGAAGUGGAUCACUAACACUACCAGCAUCUUGAUAACAGAUCUAGACAAGUAUACUGGUUACACGCUACGUGUGGCAGCUUCUACUGCCGCGGGAGAGAGCUCUCUUUCUGAGGAGGAUGACAUCUUUGUGUACACCUUAGAGGACGAGCCCGACUCGCCCCCUGUGAACCUCACGGUGGUAGCCACCAGCCCCUCCACUGUCACGCUGGCCUGGUCUGCACCAGAGAAAGCCAAUGGGCUGAUCCAACAUUACGAGGUUCUGUACCAGAACGAAUCCUACUCCGCUUUGACGAACACCUCCUCAAACGGAAUGACUCUGGUCGGCGUGAAGCCUUUCUCAUACUACAACGUGUCUGUGAGGGCUUACACGCGUUACGGCCAUGGCAACCAAACGUCAGACGUUCUAAACCUCCUGUCUGGAGAGGACGUCCCAGGCAGUCCUCCGUAUGGCCUCACCUAUGAGUCCGUCAGCCCUAAUGAGGUGAAUGUGACCUGGCAGCCGCCUCUGCUGCCUAACGGGCUCAUCACCCACUACAGUCUGGAGCUUUGGAAUUCCAGUCACUACCUGAACCUCACCUCCGCGGCCAACUACAUGCACGUCACGCAUCUGCGGAAGUAUGCACACUACCGUGUCAUGGUGCAGGCACACACGCGCAUCGGGCCAGGAAACCACAGCAGCGAGCCGCUCAACAUCACCACACUGGAGGAUGCUCCAGACACACCUCCUCAGUUUCUCCAUGCCAGAAAGCUAUCAGACUAUGAGGUGGAGUUGUCAUGGCAACCACCACUUGAAGCCAAUUCAGACAUACUGUACUACAUUGUCAAAGUUUGGAAUGAAACGAGCGAGCUGUGGCAGAACGUGACAGACACGUCAGUGGUUAUUAAUGUGGACUCAGAGAGUCGCUACAAUGCGUCUGUCUCCAGCUGGACCAGACUGGGCGAUGGAGGAGUGAUAAUCUACAUCAGCUUUACCACCACAGAUGCAGAGCCAUUUGACCCCCCACAGAAUGUGACCGUUACAAACGUGACCGCCUCGUCUGUCUCCUUGCUGUGGAAGCCGCCCACUGAACCCAAUGGAAUCAUUGUCCAUUACACGAUUUACUACUCUGACAACAACACUGUGACUGAGCAGAUUAUUCCCAUGUCAGUCUUACCGGCCCCUGCCUCUCCUGAUGCACCCCUCUCCUACACUCUGACUCGGCUGACCGGCGGCACUAAUUACACCAUGUGGAUGACCUCCAGCACGGUGCAGGGGGACGGAGGGGUCCAGAGCGAGACACUAACACUGUAUUUACCAGAGGACGUACCAAGCGACUCAGUUAAAAACCUGACGGCUCAAAUCUUCAGCUCCACGGCCAUCAUCGUCAGCUGGGACCCUCCCAUGGAGCCGAACGGCCGUCCCUACUACCUGCUCACGCUACAGGAGGCCGGCGUCCCCCCAAAUGUAUCCACCCAAGGGACGUCGGCUGUCAACAAGACCAUCAAGCACACCACGACUGACAACGUCUUCCUGUUCACCAGACUCAAAAAGUAUUUCCCUUAUGUGCUCACUGUUACCCCGGCAACUGGUGCUGGCGCUGCCUAUAACCAUACCGGCACAAUGUACCUGAGAACGGAUGACGACGUUCCUAGUUCUGCUCCACUGCUGGUGUCCACCAGGAACCUGUCGUCGUCCGCCAUCGCUGUGGUCUGGCAGCGCCCUCUGGAGGCCAACGGGGAGAUAUCUGAGUAUGCCCUCACUCUGUUCGGCCCUGGGGGGUCCAACACAACACAUACACCCAAUACCUCGUUCAUCCUCGCCAACCUUCUUCCAUACACAGCCUACAACCUCACCAUUACGGCAGCAACGCGUAAAGGCUCAGGGCCUUUCCUGCUGCUGCAGCUGCACACCGAUGAAGGAGGCCCCAUGUCCCCUCCCCGUAACCUGACUAUAUGCAACCACACAGCAGUCUCUGUGUGGCUGAGCUGGGAGCCUCCUCUGGAGCCCAACGGUGUGGUGAUGCACUACGGCUUCAGGAUCCGAGACCUCAUCACACACACCGUCACACACCAGAAUUCCUCGGGUCCGUCAACGACAGAGUAUCUGUCCGGCUUCAGGCCUCAUAGCUCCUAUGAGAUCAGUGUUUACAGCUACACCAGAGUGGGCCACGGGAAUGAGUUCAGCAGCCCUGUGACCUUCACGACUAACGAGUCAGUAUCUGAUGCUGUGGGGAACCUGUCUUGCUCCGGAGCGAGCUGGGAUUCGAUUCUGCUGUCCUGGGAGGUUCCAGCCAACCCUAAUGGGCAGAUCGUUUUUUAUGAGAUUACAGUGGAGGUUGACUUGCAGUCGCACACACGCCGGGCUCCUUCCCCAGAGUACACAGUGACUGGGCUGCCACCAGACCAGAUGUACACGCUCACUGUGGCCGCAGUCAACUCGGCAGGGUCUGGAGACGGAGUGAACUGUACUGCCUCCACUCUCUCUGAAUCAGUCCCAGUUGCCCCUCGCUCCCUCACCGUCUCUCAGGUCACGCCUAAUAACGUGACACUUCACUGGGCUCCACCGCUCUCCAUACCUGGCCUGUUGAAAGAGUACCACAUCAUUGCACAGCUGCUUUCCACUGUUUGCGAUACCAACAUCCCAGCCACUGCACAGCCGCCCUCAGAGGACGAUCUGACCGCAGACUGUGUGGACUCUCACGUCACAGUGUCAGUGAAUGCUUCAGAUAGCGGCGAGGAGGACCCCAACAGCAUCACACUCCAGUCCCUGAACAAAUACCGACACUACCGCUUCAAAGUGGCUGCUGUGACCAACGCUGGAGUCGGAGAAUAUACACACUGGAGUUAUGCACGCACCCUCGCUGGAAACCCUGAUGCCCCUCCCAGUGGCCUAAACGUGACCCCCACCUCCAACAGCCUUCGCAUUGCAUGGGAUGCUCCAGCUGUUCUCUCCGGGCCGACGUCAUAUCUCGUUCAGGUGGAUGGUCCUGAUCUGAACAUCACAACAGUCCGGGCCCCAGGAGAGCUGAUGACUGUCGUUGUGACUAACUUGACGGCUUUCACUCUUUACUCUGUGACUAUCACUGCCUUCACCGGUCCACUGGCACUGGCUGCCAGUGAUGGGAAAGCCAUUGGACCCAAUGAAUUUCAAACGCUGGAGGAGGAGCCCAAAGAUCCGCCCAAGAACGUGAUUGUGUCGGUUAUCCCAGAGGAGGUGAACCGUGUGAAGGUGACCUUCACGCCCCCAGAGGAGCCCAAUGGAAACAUCACUGCCUACUUUGUGUAUGUCUACGAAAAGCAGCGGCUGGUCAAGAACAUCAGCCUUGAUAUCAUCCAAGGAGAGGACAACAUGCUGACGGCUGUCAUCGAGGGCCUAAAGGGAGGACACAACUACAGCAUACAGAUUUCAGCAAGGAACGGGGCCGGCAGGAGUCCGCCCAGUCCACAUGUCCAGAUAACAACGGGAAUCAAAGCCCCGGCCAAGCCAACCCAAAGACCCCAGGCAGUGUUGGGCCAUGGAGGGGUUGCCAUAGUAACCCACAGGAGUAUCACCAUCCGCAUGCCUGCCUGUUUCUAUAGUGACAACAAUGGACCAAUCACAAAAAUCCAGGUCGUCGUGGCCGAGUCAGGGGUGAAGGACAUCCAGAACCUGACCAACUGGAAGAAUGCAUUUUUUGACCACCCUGCCCCUUACCUGACCGACAAGGGGUUCCCCAACCCGCCAUGUUUUCCGGGGGAUGAUGUGUCGCGCACGGGCACACACGUCAGAGGUGCUCGCGGUGUGCCUGGAGACGGCCGGCCCCCGAUGAGGAACAAUCACACUACAGCAGGCACAUACGUGAUCGGAGAGGACAAUGACUGUGUGCAGGAGAACAACACCGACCAUUUCUGCAAUGGACCUCUGAAGCCUAACACGGUCUACGUGUUUAAGUUCAGAGCCACCAACAUCAAUGGCCAACACACGGACUCUGAGUACUCUGACCAUGUCAAAACUGCAGUGGAUGGGCUGUUGACCAGAGAAGAGCAGAUCAUCCUGGGUGUUCUGCUUUCCUUCUUCUUGGCUGUGUUGCUCAUCGUCAUCAUCUGUGCCUCAGUCAGGAUCCAUCAGCGCAAGAAGGAGGGUGGGACUUAUUCACCCAGAGAGGCAGAGAUCAUAGAGACCAAGUGUAAACUGGAUCAGCUGAUCGCUGUGGCAGAUCUGGAGCUGAAACAAGAGAAACUCAACCGGUAUUCUUCCUUCUUCUUUAGACGGAAAGAGAUUUAUGUCAUCCAGCUCCUCAGCUACAGGAAAUCACUCAAGCCCGUCAACAAGAAGUCAUUCCUGCAGCACGUAGAGGAUCUGUGUGCCAACGACAAUGCCAAGUUCCAGGAAGAGUUUGCUGAGCUUCCAAAGCUGCUGCAGGACCUGGCCACCGCAGAUGCUGAUCUUCCCUGGAACAAAUCCAAAAACCGCUUCCCCAACAUCAAACCGUACAACAACAACCGAGUGAAACUGCUGUCAGAACCGGGCACUGCAGGCUCCGACUACAUCAACGCCAGCUUCGUCUCAGGCUACCUGUGUCCCAAUGAGUUCAUCGCUACCCAGGGUCCUCUGCCUGGCACAGUGGCUGACUUCUGGAGGAUGAUCUGGGAAACGGGAACCCGCACCAUAGCCAUGCUAACGCAGUGUUACGAAAAAGGCAGAAUUCGCUGUCACAAGUACUGGCCCGAGGACAACAAGCCCAUGUCAGUGUUUAGUGACAUUCUCAUUUCAAAAGUGUCAGAGGAAGUCCUUCCUGACUGGACUGUCAGAACCCUGAAAGUGGAAAAGCACGGACACUACAUCCUGGUGCGACACUUCAACUACACCUCGUGGCCCGAGCACGGGGUCCCAGAGUCCUGCGGCACGCUCAUAAAGUUUGUGAAAGCUGUCCGCGCCCACAGACACGACAACACCACCAUAGCGGUUCACUGCAGUGCCGGCGUGGGGAGAACAGGUGUGUUCAUGGCCUUAGACCACCUCAUCCAACACGUCAGAGAUCACGACUUUGUGGAUAUCUAUGGCCUGGUGGCCGAGCUGCGCAGCGAGAGGAUGUGUAUGGUGCAGAAUCUGGCCCAGUACAUCUUCCUGCACCAAAGUACUCUGGAGCUUCUUAACAACAAAGGCAACAGCCAGUCCAUUUGGUUUGUCAGCUAUUCUGCUCUGGAGAAGAUGGACUCUCUGGACGCAAUGGAAGGUGAUGUCGAGCUGGAAUGGGAAGAGACCACUAUGUAAAGAAACUGAGGGACACCUGUGCCUGAGUGAGACUUGUAACUUUCGGGGUCUUUGGGACGUGACCUGUGGACAGACUCCCGACGGGGCCGAAGGGGAAGUAGGAGGAGAAACAGGAUGUGAACAAAAGGGUCUGAACUGAACUGGUCUGUCAGUCGACUCGACUUUGUUGCGCCACUUCAACCCACUUCUCAGCUCCGGCCUGCCUGUCCCGAACCACUUGUCUUGUUUUCAAAGCGAGUGAGAGAAACAAAAAGGGAGACGGGAUCAAAGUAUUUCAGAAAAUGACAAAAGAUGAAGGAGAAAUGACGGUGACAGUGAGAGCUCUCUCACAUCUGUAAUAGCCUACAGGCAAAAAUUGAUUUCACUGUGUAUUGUAAUUUCUGUAUUAUGUUGAUAUCAUCUAUGUUUUUGUAAGAUAAUUUAUUCAGCCAAAGAGGUGGAGGGUUUAGUUUUUUUCAAUCUCUUUGUAAUUCCACCUGUGCCGAGGUUGUGUCCAUCCUUUCUCAAGUGUGAUUUGCGAAAGUAAAGCAGCUUGUAUUUUU